GGGGAAUAUAGAUGUGAGUAGGACGCACGUGCGGCGCGGAAGUUUUGCUGUUUGCACGGUUGAUUUUGAUAAAGAUUGACUGACUGCUUUGGAUGAUCGUAGUUGUGCUGUUUGCCUGGCGAAAUUUACGGAUAUACUAACGGAUAGAUAACGUACGCACGCAUUCACUCACGGAUACACUCACGAAGACACUCACGAGUACACUCACGGACACACUCCUGACUACAACCACACCAUCACCACCAUGGCUCUCACGACCGACGUCGUCUCCGCCGCCCGCGCCCUGAGCCCGCUAUACAUCCUCCUGGCCGCCUCCUUUGCAUUCCUCUCCUACACACUCUACACCUACCAGACGCUCGCACACAUCCCAGGCCCGUUCUGGGCACGCAUCAGCAACAUCCCACGCUUCCUCUGGGUAUGGCGACGACGCGCCCACGAGGAGCACAUCGCGCUGCACCGACGCUACGGCCCGCUCGUACGCAUGGGGCCCAACAUGGUCUCGGUCGGCGACCCGGGCGCGAUCGCACAAAUCUACGGCUUCAGCGGGACAUAUGCCAAAUCGGACUUUUACCACGUCAUCUUGCCCAUGUCCAAGGGGCGGAUCCUGCCGGGCCUGUUUGCGACGCAGGACGAGGGCGUGCACCGGAUGCUGAAGCGGCCGAUUGCGCAGACGUACAGUAUGAGCAAUCUGGUGUCGUUUGAGCCGUAUGUCGACUCGACGAUGCGGGUGUUUUUCGAGCAGGUCGAUCGGCGGUUUGUGAGCACGGGCGAGCUGUGUGAUUUGGGGGCCUGGUUGCAGAUGUAUGCGUUUGAUGUGAUUGGCGAGAUUACGUUUAGCAAGAGGUUGGGGUUCUUGGAGGAGGGCCGUGAUGUGGAUAAUAUCAUGGGCGAUAUUUGGCGGUAUUUUGAGUAUACUGCGCCGGUGGGGAUGAUGCCGUGGAUUGACAGGCUUUGGGUUAAGAAUCCGAUUGUUUCGAUGCUGCGACCGGCCGGGUGGAAUGCGAUGGGUGAGUUUGCGGUCAAGCGCCAGACCGAACGGCUCAGGGCGGAGGAGGAUGUGGAGAACAACAAGGGGGAUCUGAACAGUCGAGACUUCUUGUCCCGCUUCAUCGAGCAGAUGAAGAAGGACAAGAGCAUUCCUCCGUGGGCGCUACAGGCUUGGACGCAGUCCAACAUCACUGCUGGAUCGGACACCACCGCUAUCACGCUGAGGACCAUCAUCUACAACCUGCUCAAGCAUCCACAUACCAUGGAGAGGCUGCUGCAGGAGCUCGACCAGGCAGAUCUGUCGGAGCUAGUCACAUGGAAGCAGUCCUUGACACUGCCGUAUCUUGAUGCGUGCAUCAAGGAGGCUGGCCGCAUCCACCCCCCGUUCGGCCUUCCGUACGAGCGGGUUGUUCCAAAAGAAGGCGCUCGCAUCUCAGGAGAAUGGUUCAAGGGAGGUACUGUCGUAGGAUGCAGUGCAUGGGUCGUGCAUCGGAACGAGGAAGUCUUUGGCGCCGAAGUCGAUACAUGGCGGCCAGAGCGCUGGCUGGACUGUGACGCCGAGCAGAGGAAGAAGAUGGAGAACUCUCUUCUCACAUUCGGUCACGGGCACCGUUCCUGCAUCGGCAAGAACAUCUCAUAUCUAGAAGUGUAUAAGCUGGUCCCGACACUACUGAAGACAUACGAGCUGGAGCUAGACUGUCCGAACGCGAAGAAUGAAUGGCGCUUGGAGAAUCGCUGGUUUGUGCCACAAUUCGACUUCUUUGUCCGGAUGAAGAAGCGUGCGAGUGUUGCUAGCGAGAAGCUGGUCGAGACGUAGAACUUCCAUGUACUUUGUGCCACAGGGGGC